AUACCGGUAAUAGGGACCCUAUAGGUAUUUUCAACUGCAGCUUAAAGAAUUUCAGGUUAUAUAUACAAAAUACAGUAUGAAUUUAUUUUCACGACAAUUCACUGAUCCAACCUUUAAUUGCAAAUAAUAAUUCAGGCGUAACAAAAAUCUCAUAGGUGGAAAAAAAGACAAGUAAAUGAGAAUUUUCUAAAGUGUUACAACAGAACAUUUUUGAUACUCGUAGUGAGAAAAUGUCAUAUAUGGUGAUGAACAAUCCAACCUCUAAACAUUAUAACCUCUAAAUCACGAAACAUAAUGAAUUUCUAAUUUUUCGUAAUUAUGAGGGGAUUAAGAUACGUACCAAGCACAUCUCGUGGAAUUCUAUCACUAAUCUGGCAGAGAAAGGGUCGAAUUAUUGCUAAUCCCUUGCAGUUCCACUACAAUAAAUUUCAUUGUUCAGCAAACCAUGGAGCCGAUUUCGAGCCUUUAGUAAAAAAUUCUGAAGAUGUUAUUAAUAAAAAAAAUAAUCGCUUUCAACAAGGGCCUGAUUUAGCAGACUUUAUCCUUGCAAACACCAAGAACCUCAAUAUUGUAAGCCCCCAAAAUCAUCCAUAUUUAAAAACACAUUAUGGGCCUCAUCAGAAAGUUUACUUCGAAGUUUAUGGAUGUCAGAUGAACGUCAACGACAUAGAAAUUGUCUGGGCUGUAUUGAAAGACCGUGGAUAUAGGCGAACGCUGGAUAUCGACGAAGCAGAUAUUGUUUUGAUUAUGACCUGUGCCAUAAGAGAGGGAGCGGAGCAGAAAAUCUGGACCAGAAUUGAUCAGUUGAAUGCAUUAAAAAAAAAACGAAGACAACUGACGAGUAGAGAUACUUUGAAAAUUGGUAUACUCGGGUGCAUGGCUGAGAGACUGAAAAGCCAGAUUUUAGAGAAGAGGAAAGCCGUGGAUCUCGUGGCAGGUCCGGACAGUUAUCGUGAUUUACCGAGACUUUUGUCUAUUGUCGAGAACCAUGAAACUGCAAUUAACGUUCAACUAUCAAUGGAGGAAACUUACGCUGAUGUCACACCUGUCCGGCUGAAUCCAGACUCAGUUUCGGCAUUUGUCUCAAUCAUGAGAGGAUGUGACAAUAUGUGCACAUAUUGCAUUGUCCCCUUCGUGCGAGGAAGAGAAAGAUCCAGGCCACUAGAGAGUAUCGUCAGUGAAGUACAACAAUUAUCCGAUCAGGGAAUAAAGGAAAUCACGUUAUUGGGCCAAAACGUCAACAGUUACCGAGAUUUAUCACAAUAUCAAUUUUCCCUCGGUGAUAAAAAUACGACUCAUCUUGCUAAAGGAUUUAAUACGGUCUACAAAAAUAAAUUGGGUGGACUCAGAUUUGCUGAUCUUCUGGAUAAAGUCUCACUGGUUAAUCCCGAAAUGCGAAUUAGAUUUACAUCUCCACAUCCAAAGGAUUUUCCAGAUGAAGUUCUUAACUUAAUAGCUGAAAGACCAAAUAUUUGUAAACAAAUUCAUUUGCCAGCACAGAGCGGCAAUUCCGCCGUUCUGGCGAGAAUGAGGCGAGGAUAUUCUCGUGAAUCUUAUCUGGAAUUAGUUAAACAUAUUCGCAAUAUAAUACCACAAAUCAAACUGUCGAGUGACUUUAUUGCUGGAUUUUGCAAUGAAACUGAUGAAGAAUUCGAGGAUACCAUGACAUUGAUAGAAAAUGUUAAAUAUCAUCAAGCAUUUUUGUUUCAAUACAGCAUGCGAGAGAAAACUACAGCUCAUCGAAGAUACAAGGAUAAUGUAUCAUCCGAAAUAAAAAGUCAACGUUUAACGAGAAUGGUACAAUUAUGGCGCUCACAGGUGGAGAAUUUAAAUAGAUUGCAAGUGGGAACGCAUCAGCUGGUUUUAAUUGAAGGGGCGAGUAAAAAAUCAUCUCGUGCUUUGCAAGGCCGAACAGAUGGCAAUACUCGUGUAAUAAUCCACGAUUCAGUAAUUCCUACUGACAGAAAAACCGAUGUAUCUAAGAUGAUAAAAUCAGGGGAUUACAUUGUUGCUCAAAUCUGCGGCUCCAAUUCCAAUACACUUACUGGAAUACCUCUAUACCAUACAACAAUUUCGGAGUACACCCGACAACUGGGAAAUCAAAAACAGUGUCACAAUUGAGAGUUAUUUUAUACAGAGAAAAGAGGAAAACAGUGUUGUAAUCAGUUGAACGUUGUGUAUAUAUUUUAUUCAGACUAAAUAGAUGUCUCUGUUUUACGAUAGAUUAUGUAUUAUGGCGACAAUAAAUCUAAUCACUGUAGUGAGCUGAGCUCUUAACUGCUCAAUACUUCCUUCGAAUUUUACAAUAAAAUAAUCAAAUGACUAUUGA